CCUUAUCUCUUCGUCUCGCAAAAGGGGAGACAGAAGAGAGUUCGAUUUCCGACUAAAACCUCUCGCCGCCGACGACCAAGCUCGGAGACCUAUUGACCUAGUUCCCAAUGUCGGACGCAGAUGAUUACCGUUGCUUCGUUGGGAGUCUGUCAUGGAACACAACUGAUGUGGAUCUGAAGGAUGCUUUUGGGAAAUUUGGUCGAGUUACUGAGACAAAGGUGGUUCUUGACAAGUUCUCUGGCCGAUCACGUGGCUUUGGAUUUGUGACUUUUGAUGACAAGAAGGCCAUGGAAGAAGCUGUUGAGGCUAUGAAUGGAAUUGAUUUGGAUGGAAGGAAUAUUACUGUUGAAAGAGCACAACCUCAAGGUUCAGGCAGGGACCGUGAUGGAGAUCGAGACUAUCGUGGUGGUGGUGACCGCUAUGGUGGUGGCCGUGAUUUUGGUGGCGGUCGUGGUGGUGGUCGUGGUGGCGGCGGUGAUUGCUACAAAUGUGGCAAGCCUGGUCAUUUUGCAAGGGAGUGCCCAUCUGGUGAUGGUGGGGACAGGUAUGGUAGCAGGGAUGACAGGUACAGUAGCAGGGAUGACAGGUACAGUAGCAGGGAUGACAGGUACAGUAGUAGGGAUGACAGGUAUGGUGGCAGGGAUGGUGGAAGGGAUGACAAGUAUGGUGGUAGCAACGGCAGCAGUCGCUAUGGGCCUGACCGUGGUGGUGAUCGCUAUUCUGGAAGUCGUGAUGGAGGAAGCCGCGGCAGUGGUGGCGGUGAUCGAUACAGCCGUGACAGGUCUGGACCAUAUGAUCGUCGCAGCCGAGAUGAAUACUGAUCUUGAUGGUGGAGAUUCUGUCUCAGUGCUUGGUUUACCAAUGUUCCUAUCUGGAUUUGGCUUGUAACCGGUUCCUUGGGAGCUUCAGUGGAUUGCGUUAUUUUGUCUGAGUAAUAUUUGGGAUCCAUGUUUCUGCGUU